GAGUUUCAGUUAGUUACUGUAAAACUAAUAACAAAGGGAAGAAGUGAGAUUCGUUACCCAAAACACAAUUCAAGUAAGUUGUGAGUUUUCAGUUAAAUUAAUGUCGGUUGCAACAAUCCAACGGAACUGAAAACUACAAGUUCCAUAAACGUUGUUUACCACCCAUUCCACACAAAUGGGUAACGCUCACGGACAUCGCAAACACCGUAAUAACGUUCCUCCUCUUUAUAAAUUUGGUAACACUCACCCUCCUAGUAAUCAACCAAACAAAAACGAAGGUAGUUCCAAUUCUAACACCGUGAUGAAUUUUCCUUACGGUCACGUCGACAACACUCUCCGUUCUCUCGCCGCUCAGGCAGAAGGAUUUGGCCGCUUCGCAAUCGGUGGACUUCACGGUCCCCUUUAUCAUGUUACGUCACUCUUAGAUGAUGGACCGGGAUCAUUGCGUGACGCGUGUCGCAGAAAAGAACCUUUGUGGAUUGUGUUUGAGGUUUCAGGUACAAUUCAUCUUUCUUCUUACUUGAGUGUGUCUUCAUACAAGACCAUUGAUGGAAGGGGACAAAGGAUUAAGCUGACUGGAAAGGGUUUUCGGCUGAAGGAAUGUGAACAUGUAAUCAUUUGUAAUUUAGAGUUAGAAGGAGGCAGAGGACCUGAUGUUGAUGCUAUUCAAAUCAAACCUAAUUCAAAACAUAUAUGGAUUGAUCGUUGCACUCUAAGUGAUUUUGAAGAUGGGCUCAUAGAUAUCACUCGAGGAAGCACCGAUAUUACUAUUUCAAGGUGUCACUUUUAUCAGCAUGACAAAACAAUACUCAUUGGAUCAGAUCCCUCACAUGUUGAUGACAGAUGCAUGAAGAUCACCAUACACCACUGUUUUUUUAACGGGACUCGACAGAGACAUCCUCGUGUUAGGUUUGCAAAAGUACACCUGUACAAUAAUUACACCAGAAACUGGGGCAUAUAUGCUGUUUGUGCAAGUGUGGAAUCCCAGAUAUUUUCGCAACAUAAUAUCUAUGAAGCUGGCCAGAAGAAGGUUGCUUUCAAGUAUCUUACUGAGAAGGCAGCAGACAAGGAAGCUGGAGCAACUGGUCACAUAAUCUCCGAAGGCGACUUGUUUUUAAAUGGGGCUACAGCAGGGUUGAUGACAGAGGAUGUUGGGUGUAAGAUGUUUCAUCCCACUGAACACUAUCUCUCAUGGACGAUCGAACCUCCUACCGAUGAUCUAAAGCAAGUUCUUCAUCGCUGCACGGGAUGGCAAUCUGUUGCGAAGCCAGAUGAUCAAACAGUUUGUGCCGAAUAGAAGAUAAAGCAGUUGCAUACAUUCACUGCCACUGUAUAUGAACUGAUACUUGAUUGCAUGGCCUAAAGUUUAUUUUAGACCUAGCAAAUUAGUUAGUAGUUCAUGAUGUGUAUAUAAUUAUAUACAUAAGUAAUGGUGCAUUCAGCAUGAUCUACUAAGUAGUAAGGUCUUACAGAUUCCCUUAAGACCACCAGAAAGUUAAAAUAAUUGUAUGAUUUUGUUAACAUCAAUAAAAUGUUCAAGACUGGGAUUGAGGAUACAACA